UACUGUGAAACAUGUUAUUAACCGGCAGUUUUGACGGCACUUAGCGGUCAUUAUGAUUUUGUGUCCGUGCAUCAUAAGUUGAUGUUUCUAACUGCUCGAUGAUAGUGAGAAUAUCCUCGCGGAAACCCGCAUCUGCGCAGUGGAUACUUGGAUUCAUUGAUCGACUAGCGUGUGUCUACACACACUACGUCAGUAAUCACGCCACUGCCAGGGGCUGGAAAGCGGGCGCGCGAUUGGUUGACUUGAAAGUUCCAAAAUACGACAGAUCCGUAGCUGUGUUGUGAGCACACUUUGUGCUUUGCGUGUGUGACAUCAGCGCGGGGAAGACGUUGCAACAAAACGUUUACUUAGUUGCUUAUCGUGGUUUCCUGCACCAUUGAAGUGUAUCCCUCCAGAAGUGAGACGGGUUUAUAUUUAUUAAGAAACUGAAGGCACUGGAAAAUACUUCAAAAAUGAAGCCUGCAGACAUGUACUUCGAAGAAAAUGAGAAUAUGGACAGCAUCUUGAUAAGUGGCACAAUAGGUGCCAUUAAAGCAAUUGCAUUUGUCUGUGAUAUAAUAACAUAUCCAGUUCAUUUCAUUCUCCAAAGGCCAUGGGAGAAGAAAAGACUUUCAAGUAGAGUAAAAGCACAAACUGUUGCCUUAAAUGAGACGUCAAUUACUUACCGUAGUCUUCAGACUCCACAGAAGCAUCACUUGAGAAUGGUGCGUGAUAAAGUGGACACAAUGGAAAAAAUGUUAGUCUACGUUUCACGCCUGUAUCCUACAAGGCGCUGUCUAGGUACCAGAGAAAUUCUGGCAGAAGAAGAUGAGCCACAACCCAAUGGACGCAUUUUCAAAAAGUUUAUAAUGGGAGAUUAUAAAUGGAAAACAUUUGAAGAAGUGGAAACCAUCUCUUCUCAUUUUGGCUGUGGGUUGAGAGCUCUUGGAUUGCAACCAAAACAAAAUGUUGUCAUAUUUGCCGAAACAAGGGCAGAGUGGCUUUUUGCUGCUCAUGGAUGCUUCAAACAGAAUAUGACGGUUGUCACCAUAUAUGCAACACUAGGAGAAGAUGCAAUUGCGCAUGGCAUUAAUGAAACGGAAGUACAAACUGUCAUAACAUCACAUGAGCUGUUGCCAAAAUUCAAAAAAGUUCUGCCCAUGUGCCCAAGAGUGAAACUACUGAUUUACAUGGAAGAUAGUUUGAAGAAAACGGACAUCACAGGUUACAAAGAUGGAGUUCAAAUAGUUCCUUUCUCAGAAGUCUUGAGACAAGGAAAAGAGUCAAAUGCAGGUGGAGUAUCACCAACACCUGACGACAUUGCAAUAAUCAUGUACACAAGUGGCUCAACUGGUGUACCCAAGGGAGUCUUACUGACACACAGAAAUAUGAUGAGCACACUGAAGGCAUAUUCGGACGCUGUUAAAAUUACAGAUGCUGAUGUGUUUUUAGGUUACCUUCCCCUUGCUCACGUCUUUGAACUUCUUGUUGAGUCGGUGUGCUUGCUGUGUGGGGUACCUAUUGGAUACUCGACGCCAUUAACAAUGAUUGACACAUCGAGUAAAAUCAAAAGAGGAACAAAAGGAGAUGCUUCUGUUCUACGGCCAACUUGUUUAUCUAGUGUACCUCUCAUUCUGGAUCGUAUUUCCAAAGGAAUAGGUGACAAAGUUACAAAAAGUGGUGCAUUCCAAAGAGCUCUAUUUACAUUUGCUUUCAACUACAGGAAAACCUGGAUGAGAAGAGGUUUUGACACACCUUUGAUUAACAGGUUGGUGUUCAGGAAACCAAGGGAACUACUUGGAGGUAGAGUUCGUAUGAUAAUGAGUGGUGGUGCCCCCCUCUCUCCUGACACUCAUGAACUCAUAAAAGUUUGCCUGUGUGUGAAAGUCAUUCAAGGUUAUGGACUUACAGAAACCUGCUCAGCUGCCACAGUUAUGGAUGUUCAUGAUGAAACUACUGGCCGUGUAGGUGGACCAACAACUGUUUGUGAUGUGAGACUUACAGACUGGGAAGAAGGACAUUACAGGGUGAGAGAUAAACCUUAUCCCCGAGGAGAAAUUCUUAUAGGUGGUGACAACAUAUCACCAGGUUAUUACAAAAAUCCAGAAAAGACAAAAGAAGACUUCUUUGAAGAAGAUGGAAGACGGUGGUUUAAGACUGGUGAUAUUGGUGAAAUCCAUGAAGAUGGUGUUAUAAAAAUCAUUGAUCGCAAAAAGGACUUGGUGAAGCUGCAGAUGGGAGAAUAUAUCUCAUUGGGGAAAGUAGAAUCUGAAUUGAAAACCUGCCCUGUUAUAGAAAACAUUUGUCUGUAUGGGGAUCCUACAAAGACGUAUGCUGUCGCGUUAGUUGUACCUAGCCAGCCUCAUCUAGAAGAACUUGCCAAGAAGAUUGGAAUUAAUGACACAUUUGAAAAUCUUUGUGUAAAUCCAGCAGUUGAGAAGGCUGUUCUUCAAGAAAUUGCUGAACAUGGAAAGAAAUGUAAAUUAGAAAAGUUUGAGAUGCCAGCCGUUAUAAAGCUCUGCACGGAAGUUUGGUCACCUGAUAUGGGACUGGUGACAGCAGCUUUCAAACUGAAACGCAAGGAUAUUCAAGAACGAUACCAGCACGAAAUAAACAGAAUGUAUGCUUCAUGAUUGUUGGAGUAAUCCAGAAAGGAUUUGGAAAUUAAAAUGCAAUGGACUGGAAAUGAGCUGGAAGGCUCUUCAGAUUGGCUGUGGUUCUAAUCAUCUAAUUGGGGUGGAAGUUAAAGUACAAGAAAGUAUAAGUUAUUUGAAUUUGUAGGAACAUUUGACUGUGUGAGAAUGACACAUUAUGUAUAUUUUUGUUACUGCUGUGUUUAGUGAUUAGUGAGUGUAUUUAUUGCAAUUCCUGUUUAGGGCAGUCAUUUGUAAUUUAUAUUUUUUGCAAACUUUCAAAACUGAGCAGCUAAGCAGAACUUUCGAAGUGAUGUCAAAGUACUGGUUUACAUAAAUAUAUUAUAUAGGCUCAAGAGAUCAUCUUAUUUCAUAAAUGCUAUGCACAGUAAUUUUAAGAAUUCCAUGCAGUGCAUGGAUGUUGUUUUUUCAUGUGCUGUGAAUAGGCACCAGUUGACUUAUAAACUAUGAACAUGACAUGAAAUUAUUUAGUAUCACAUUAUACAUCACGCAAAGCCUUUUUUGCACUGUUGUGAAAUAAUGCCCAGAUAAGUUUAAUUUUGUUAGUGUACUGAUGUGAGGAAUUGUUACGGAUGAAGUGAAAAGAGGCAUUUCUGCUUCACAUCUUGAUCUGAGAUCAGUUUGUAUUCAAAUAAUUGAAUUCAGCUUUAAUUAUUACUGUAAACAUUUCUGCUGCAUUAAAGUACCAUGUACAGCAGCAGUACCAUCACAGGUCAUAUAUACAUUGUUCAUAUGUAAAAUUGUUAAAUUGGAUAAGGUGCUAAACAUUUGUAAACAUUCAUAUUUCCACAUUGUAAGAUUUCAUCAGUCAUCGGUGUACCUUGUACACACAUUCCUACAUAAUACUGUAUGUGGAAGAGUUGCACUGUGUACAUAAAUCAUGUGGGGCUAAAAGUGGUCAAAUGGAGCUGUAAAGAUUUUCAGUAUGUAUAAAUCAUGUGUACAGAUAUUUGUAUGUGCAAUAAAUCUAAUUUUGCUGUUAAA